AUGGCGUCUGCGAUGAUAUGCGGUGUUUAUUUUUAUUUUGUAUCCUUGAAAGCUUGAGUCGAACAGGAUAAUGUUGAUAAUGUUCGUGUAGUACAAGUGAUAGGUAACGUGUUUAUCGACAUGGCUUCAAGUUCGGAGGCUCCAGCUACGACAUAUGUCGAUAGUUCUUCGGACGACGAGUGUUUAUCGGCGGUGAAACGAAAAGCCGAAAUUGCUGAAGAAAACAGCGGAUGCAGUAAAUAUGAGGAAGAUAGUGACGAUGAACCGAUCAUGGCUGGAGUGCUGGUCACAGUCGAAGUCGAGGAAAUGGACGAAGAUUGUCCAUUGGAGUUCAACAAAACUGAAAAAUCAAAUAAGAAGGCGAAGAAGAGAAAAAAACAGAAAACUGUGAAAGGUAGACCGAGGAAAGGCAGGUCGUUCCGAUGUGCUGUUUGUACUGCGGAGUUUGAGACUGCUGGAGCACUUAAGAAACAUGGACUUGAACAUCAAGUUAAAACGAGACACAAAUGUGAGAUAUGCGGUCGUUACUUCAAGAAGGCGUUCAGUCUACGUAUGCACAACAAGGUGCACAUGGAGAAGACAGCUCCGCAGUGCCAGCUGUGCGGCAUGGUGUUCAAUAAUAAGGGAUAUUUGUCCCAACACAUGGUGACACACGAGAGAACGGAGGAGUGCGACAAAUGCCAUGCAAAGUUCCAUACAAACUCACAGCUGAAGAAUCAUACAAAGCAAGCACACUCUAAGAAGAAUCAGAAGGAUGAUGAGAGUAUUACAAAACCCAGACCAGAUCUCAACCAAAGCUCUUCAGCCGGCGACAAUACCCAAUCAGAUCAAGAACUAAAAAUAUCAGAAGAUGAAAGCGGUAAGCUGCCAUUUUUGUUUAGCGAAUUUGAGAGUUGUUUGAAACGCGAGGACCUAAGUCACCCCACUCAAUGUGCUAUUGUAAGCAAAAUGCACAAAGGGAGAUCCGUUUCUGAUGUCUGUAGACUAUAUAAUCUAACUCCAGAAAUUGUAAAUGAAAUCUGGGAGGACAGGGAAAAAUAUGCCCUCCCCAAAAAAGCCGGUAAAAGAACCACUAGGUACAUGAACAGCAUUUUGGACACAAGAAUCGUCGAAUGGUUUCAUUCUCAAAGAGCUAAUGACAUCCAAGUAUCCGGAAAAAUGCUCCAAGAUGUUGCGGAAGCGUUUGCCAAAGAAAGCGGUUUUGUAGCCUUUAAUGGGAGCAAGAAAUGGCUCGAUAGGUUCAAAAAACGAUAUAAUAUCUCUUUAAGAGGGACGCCUUGUAAGAGGGACUACCACAAUCAAAUGGAAUCGAAAUGGAAAAACCAUUUCUUUAGAGAGCAAUGGAGUGAUGCGCGCUUGGGUAUACCGGACGAAGAUAUUUAUACAGCUGAUGAAUUCGGCUUCUACUAUAACCCCUCAAAAGGCCGAAUAAAAAAGUUGGCUGGCAAAAAGUAUAUACAAGGUUAUGUAAAAGACCGUCUAUCAGUGUUCCUUUGCGCAAAUAUGCCUGGUACCGAUAAAAAGAAGUUACUUGUCUGUGGCACAGAAGAUCCGCUUUUACAUUCUUAUAGAGACCCGGAUACGUUACCUGUGACGUAUAUCCGGCACUCACAAGCACACUUCACCACGCAAAUGUUCGAAGAAUAUGUCAAAUAUUGGAAUAGAGAGUUGCAAAUGAAAAAUCGGAGAGCCAUUCUCGUUUUGGACAGGGCUACGAUACACUCAAAGUUGCAAUUGUCCCAUUUAAAAUUAGUUUUCGUACCUUGGAAGGCGUCUAAUGGUUUAAUACCAAUGAAGAACGGUGUUUCAGUCAAAUUCCGAGAUGAAUUUAGGAGAUUAAUCUUAGAAGAGAAAGCUAUGAAUGUCCUUAGAGGUGUGGAUCGAAAUAUAACAUGUUUGGAAGCUUUGUACAUGCUGGAAAAGGCUUGGGAAAGAACACCGCCAGAUGCUAUCACAAAAAGCUUCGUAGACACAGGCUAUGACGUCACAAUACCCGAAGAAGUUAUAGAGAUAGACAAACCAAAAGUCUAUGAAAACGAUGAAGAAAUCCUAGCAAAUAUGCUGAAGGAUUACGACGUAGAGUCAUAUUUCACAAAUAUAAGCACUUUAGAUCAAUAUUUGACAGUUGACGAGGAACUAGUGACAGGUCAAGGAACAAACGGUUCAGUUUUUGGCGGGAACCAUAAAGUCACAGAUCCUCUAAACUAUGCUGAGAAAGCCAAAGAGGAUUUAAUGCCUCUCGCCACAGAUAAGCCAGAAACAGACGAGAAGGAGGUUUUAGUUAAAAAGUCGAGGGCGUUGCAGGAUUUGGAUAUUGUGAGAAAGUAUUUGCAGUCCAAUGCGACGUCGUAUGACACUUUUUGUUGUUUUAUGGAGAUCGAGAAGUUUGUUAUGCAGACUGUUAUAGGUUGAUAGGUUUUUUGGUUGUUUUUUAAUUGUUUUUCGGUUGCCUAUAGUGGUAUUAUAGAGUUUUUGGAGCCGGGAAUCGGUUUUUAAGUGAAUAUGACAAGGAAAGAGCUCAUUUUUAACUGUCAAUGUAACUAUCUGAUAUAUCUGAUGAAUGAAAUACAAAUUAAGACUGUUCUCUUCAAUCAACAAGUUAAAGUUUUAACCCUCGAAUAUUAUAUGUAUGUUAUUUAUGAUAGAAAAUUUAAACUACUACUAUUUUUAUUAUGAACAAACUGCUUGUUUUAAAUAAAGUAAGUAAUUCCACUAUAGGGAACUAUAUAAUGAUGGCUCAAUUUCAUCCAUCUUAUUGUUCUCAAAUCUCGAACCCCUAAAACACUGGCAAAGCACUUGUCUCUGGUGUUGUGGACACUCAUGGGCGGCGCCAAUCUUAAAUGCUUACCAUCAGGUGAUCCAUCUACUAGUUUUCCGGCCUAUACCAUUAAUAAGUCGCGGAGAACCUAACGGGUUACCUUACGGCUCCGGCUCGACGCGCAGGAGAAGAACGGGGUGGUUUUUAGU